UCUUGACAGUGGCCUUUCAUCUAGACAUAUGUCCGCAGCAGUAACGUAGUUUCUCAUUUAACGCGACCGGCACAAUGUCGAUUUUCACUCCAACCAACCAAAUCCGGCUGACCAAUGUCGCAGUUGUGCGGAUGAAGAAGGGAGGAAAGAGAUUUGAAAUCGCGUGCUACAAAAACAAAGUCAUGAGCUGGAGGAGUGGCGCAGAGAAAGACCUUGACGAAGUCCUCCAAACUCACACUGUUUUCAUCAAUGUGUCAAAAGGCCAAGUAGCAAAGAAAGAAGAUCUUUCCAAAGCCUUUGGCACUGAAGACAUGACAGAAAUCUGCAAGCAGAUUCUAGCCAAAGGUGAACUACAAGUUUCUGACAAAGAGCGGCACACCCAGCUAGAGCAAAUGUUCCGUGAUAUUGCAACCAUUGUAGCAGAAAAGUGUGUCAACCCAGAAACCAAAAGACCCUACCCUGUGAGUCUGAUUGAACGUGCCAUGAAGGAUAUCCACUAUUCUGUCAAGGCCAACAAGAGCACAAAACAACAGGCCCUGGAAGUGAUCCGCCAGCUUAAGGAAUCCAUGCAGAUUCAGCGAGCACACAUGAGGCUACGUCUUAUUCUACCCGCAAAGGAUGGAAAGAAGCUGAAAGAAAAACUUAAGUCCUUGAUCCAGGUGGUAGAAAGUGAAGACUUUGAUGAACAGCUGGAGAUGGUAUGCCUGAUUGACCCUGGGUGCUUCAGAGAGAUGGAUGAGCUUGUUCGCUGCGAGACAAAAGGGAAAGGAACAUUGGAGGUGCUGAGCCUCAAAGAUGUGGAAGAAGGAGAUGAGAAACUUGAGUAAGAGACCAACCUUUAAAUGCAACAAAUGCUGCUGAAGAUUCCUUUCCAGUGUGGCUGAGGGGGUGUAAGGCAUCCCCAAGGACAGAGGACUACCUGUAUUCAUCACAGCUAUUUAUCUUUAUCAAUCAGAUUACUCAAAUGACUACUGCAUAAACCUAACAAGCCUUUUACUAUUUGUUUUGGAACCAUCCCUUCCUCCUAUGCAGGACUAUUUGUAUUGUAGUUUUUUCAGUGGUUGAACAAGAUCCAGUAAGGAUUUUGUUUCUUCCUGCCGUUUCUACUAAAUUGCAGAGGUUAAUCCUUGAAUAGUGGUUGGAGGACAGGUAAAUGUAACUUGAACCUCAGUUAUAAAAUCAAUUUAGCUAUAUUCAAGAGAUUUAAAUUUUUACUGAAUUGGGUUUUGCAUUUUAUUUAUGUAUUCUUUGAAACUACUACAAUAAUUCUGGAAAAAAAAAGUGUUUGGCUUCUUUCCUUUUAGAUUUGAUUUCCCUUUAAUAUUAGGUCAUUCCGUACUGCGAAAAAGAAGUUAGAGAUGCGGAUCAUUUAUGUUUGUGAAACUGCAUUCUUAAAUGUAUUUCUGAAGCCUCAUUGAAUUUAAAAUAGGUUUCCCUGCUAAUCCGUGCAGGAGUCUACUUCUGUGCUAUGCCACUAAUACUUUUUACUGAUUACUUUAAAAGUCUUUCAAUUUUGAAACUCUUAUUAUUUAUUAUAACUAGAAGUGAUCCUUUACCUGUGUAUCUCAAAAUCUGUUUCUUCUGCACAUUAAAGAACAUUGAACAAAUGAGAA